AUGGUGCGCAAACGUAAAGUCGUAGAUGAGAAGUCCGCGCAUACUGGAUCUACUCCCUCAGCCAGCGAUGCGACAAACCCCUCCACGAAGAAACGAAAGAUUGACUGGUCGACGGUCGACAGCUUUCCUGGCUUCAAAGUCAUAGGCGUCGACACCAAGGCACGAAAGAAGCCAGGCCAAGCUUCAACUACACAAGAAAAGCGCAAUGCAGAUAAUUGGGAGCACCACAAAUACCCUGGUCACCUUAUGCCUUUGGACGCAGACAUCGUACAGCCAAAUCCAUUCCAAGGAGCUCCACUGGGCGACCUCCACGUCAAGAUUUCACCUGCACGAUACUGGGAAAGUACAAACCGCUAUCGCAAGUUUACUAUAAACGGUGAAGAAUUUCAAGUUGGCCAAAUGGUCUUUGUGAGAAAAAGCGAAGAGGAUCACGUAGAGGAGGGACCAAACUCAAUCCAGCACUGGCUCGCCAAGGUGCUUGAGGUACGCGCCGGAGACGCCUCUCAUGUCUACCUCAGAGUAUUUUGGGCAUACCGACCGGAGGAUCUACCGGGUGGCCGGCAACCGUACCAUGGCAGAGCCGAGCUGAUAAUCAGCAACCACAUGGACAUAAUAGAAGCCGUCACAGUAGAAUCUUCUGCAGAGGUGGUACAUUGGAACGACGACCUAGACAGCAUGGCACUUCUGGCAGACCAGCUGUUCUUCCGUCAAAGCUACGAUAUCACAAAGAAGACCAAUCGUUUAAGCAAACUGAACACCUAUUGCAUCGACAAGCAGCCCAGCAAUCCGGACGAGCUUCUUGUCCAGUGUCCACAUUGUUCAGAAUGGCUUCACGCAGGCUGCCUGAAAGAGCGAGCGCUCCAAGACCUGAGCGCAAAACAAGUGGCGUCCCCACCAAAACCAAAGAAAAGAGGUCGGCCCAGCAAGGGCGAACUCGCAUCGAGCCAGAGCGAAGCCACACACACCUUCGAGGCAAAGAUCAAGGGAGGCAGCAAGACUCGCCUCACAAUCAUGGAGAAGCAUGAAGGAAAGACCAAGCGGAAGUGGAAUGUAGACAUAUCGUGUCUCAUGUGCGGCGAGAUGAUUGAGAAGGCUGAGGAAGAUGUAUCUGAGAAGGCUGAGGAAGAUGCAUCAGAGAAGCCCGUAACUUCAACCCCAGCCGCUCAAGCCAGCGAUGAUGCAGACGUCCAAGACAUCACCACUCCUACCAAGGCAUCUGGUGUUGGCAAAACGCCAACCCGGGAUGGUGACUCGGACUCAGUCAUCGGUGACGCAGACGACGAUCAAGAAGUUGAGGUCAGAGAUGCGCCAACAGCUGAUACCGAGUCAAAGGGACCAAGGAAGAGAGGUCGUCCCCUCGGAUCCUUAGGAAAGAAGAGGAAACGCGCUUCUUACAUUUCGACCAAGAAAGCUACUUCAUUACAUACACAGCGUCUCAAAACAGAGACUGGCAAGGAGGGCUCUCCAGAUGCUGUACAAGACAUGGAUACGAGUGCGGUGGUGGUCGCAACUAUUACAGCAACAACGGCUUCCGAAUCUGCCGAGGACGCGACAGUGACGACCAAGUCUGAACCUACGGAAGAGGUGCCUACAGUCGCUACACUUAAGACACCUGCUCCAGCCUCCAUCAGCGAAUCCGUCUUCCAAUCUGGUGUACGAUCCAUGAAGCGACUGCUUUGGCCAGCACGAUAA